AUGUGUGGUAUUUUCGCCGCCUACAAGCAUGAGGAUGUGCACAGAUAUAAGCAAAAGGCUCUACAACUAUCAAAAAGAAUUAGACACCGUGGUCCAGAUUGGUCUGGUAACGCCACCAAGAACUCUACGAUUUUCGUUCAUGAAAGAUUGGCCAUUGUCGGCUUGGAAUCCGGUGCUCAACCAAUCACUUCUCCAGACGAAGACUACAUGUUAUGUGUCAACGGUGAAAUUUACAACCACAUUCAGCUGAGAGAAGAGUGUCCAGACUAUCAGUUCAAAACUUUAAGUGACUGUGAGCCUAUCAUUCCAAUGUACUUAAAGCACGAUAUUGAAGCUCCUAAAUACUUGGACGGUAUGUUUGCCUGGACUUUGUACGAUGCUAAGCAAGACCGUAUCGUGGCAGCCAGAGACCCAAUUGGUAUUACCACUCUGUACAUGGGACGCUCAUCCGCUUCUCCAAAAACCGUUUACUUUGCAUCUGAACUAAAAUGUUUAACCGACGAUUGCGACACCAUCACUGCAUUCCCACCAGGCCAUGUGUAUGAUUCCAAGACCGACAAGAUCACCCGUUAUUUCACUCCAGAUUGGUUGGAUGAAAAGCGCAUUCCAUCCACACCAAUAGACUACAUGGCUAUAAGACACUCUUUAGAAAAAGCCGUUAGAAAGAGAUUAAUGGCCGAAGUUCCAUUCGGUGUUCUAUUAUCAGGUGGGUUGGAUUCCUCUUUGAUCGCUUCCAUUGCCGCCCGCGAAACCGCUAAUGCCACUAACGAUGUCGAACCAUCAACUUACGAUAGCAAGGCAAGACACUUAGCAGGUGUUGACGACGACGGUAACCUACACACAGCUGGUUGGACUAGUCUGCAUUCCUUUGCCAUUGGUCUACCAAACGCUCCAGAUUUGCAAGCCGCCAGAAAGGUCGCCAAGUUUAUUGGUUCCACUCAUCACGAACACACUUUCACAUUGCAAGAGGGUCUGGAUGCCUUGGAUGAUGUCAUUUACCAUUUGGAAACGUAUGAUGUUACCACUAUAAGAGCUUCCACCCCCAUGUUCUUGCUAUCCAGAAAGAUUAAGGCUCAGGGUGUCAAGAUGGUUCUUUCCGGUGAAGGUUCUGAUGAAAUCUUUGGUGGUUACCUAUAUUUCGCUCAAGCUCCUUCUGCGGCCGAAUUCCAUACUGAAUCCGUGCAACGUGUUAAGAACUUACACUUGGCUGACUGUUUGAGAGCUAAUAAAUCCACAAUGGCUUGGGGCCUAGAGGCGCGUGUUCCAUUCUUGGACAGGGAAUUUUUGCAAUUGUGUAUGAACAUUGAUCCUAAAGAAAAGAUGAUCAGAGCAAAGGAGGGCCGUAUCGAAAAGUACAUUUUGAGAAAGGCAUUCGAUACCACAGGAGAACCAGACGCUAAACCAUACUUACCGGAGGAAAUUCUAUGGAGACAAAAGGAACAAUUCUCCGAUGGUGUUGGUUACUCAUGGAUUGAUAGUCUAAAGGAUAAUGCCGAAGCUGUCAUUUCCGAUGAAAUGUUUGCUAGUCCAAAAGCCGAAUGGGGCAGCGAUAUUCCAACCACAAAGGAAGCUUUUUGGUACAGAUUGAAGUUUGAUGCUUUGUUCCCUCAAAAGACCGUUGCUGAUACCGUCAUGAGAUGGGUUCCAAAGGCCGAUUGGGGUUGUGCUGAAGAUCCCUCUGGUAGAUAUGCCCAAAUUCAUGAAAAACAUAUUGAAUAA